UAGAAUGUCGUGUGUGUGUGUCGUAGAGUAGAGUGUUGGGUUUCGUGGCUUACACCGUGUGGCGCAUCUUCAUCAUACAUCAUGCAUGCGCAGCAUCUUCCUUAAUAAACAUUCAAACUCAGAAAUUUCUUUGUCACUAGAUGGGGGUUGGAACCAGCACCUUUGUCACUAGAUGGAUCAACUUUCUCACCAUGCUUUCAGCCAUUGUUGUGAUAAUGUUUGGGGUGUGGAUGAGCACUCAUCAUGACAGCUGCAGAAAAUCUCUCACUGUGCCUGUGCUAGGACUUGGAGCAGUUAUUUUCUUAAUAUCCAUGGUUGGUUUCCUUGGUGCCCUGAAAAACUGGUCCAUACUGUUAUGGAUUUAUCUGAUCUUGUUGUUCUUGGUCUUGGUCGGAAUCCUGGUCUUUACCGUAUUGGUGUUCAUUGUGACUAAUGAUGGAUCAGGUCAUAGUGUGACUGGCUUGAGGUAUAAGGAGUAUCAACUUCAAGAUUAUAGCUCUUGGUUUCUCAAAGAGUUAAACAAUUCUCAUAACUGGGAGCGAUUGAGGGUUUGUCUUGUCAAAUCUGAAGACUGCCAUAAACUAUCCAAAAAAUAUAAGAAUCUUAAGCAAUAUAAAUUAGCUAAAUUGACACCAAUGGAGGCUGGCUGCUGCCGACCACCUUCCGAAUGCGGAUAUCCUGCUGUAAAUGCAUCCUACUAUGAUCUGACCUUUCAUCCAGUAAGCCCUAACAAGGACUGCAAGCGGUACAAAAAUUCUCAGGCCAUCAAAUGCUAUGAUUGUGAUUCUUGCAAGGCAGGUGUGGCACAAUACAUGAAAACUGAGUGGAGAGUUGUGGCUAUAUUUAAUGUUGUUUUAUUUGUUGUCUUGUCUGUUAUAUACUUUGUGGGGUGCUGUGCGAGACGAAAUGCUUCCAGAAGCCAUUCUAAGGGUUGAAAGGAACCUACAUGCAUUCAUGAACUGCUUGUACAAUUUGUUGGAAGAUCAAAAUCUACGGCUAGAGAGCAAUUCACAGAAUUCUUGUUAUUUUUGGACCCUUGAUGAUGACUUGUGCAUUCUUUGUGAACAUCAGGCCUUACUAGAAUGGAUGAUAUCUUUAACAUUGUUAUUA